GCCCCUCGGCUGAGGCGGGAGCUGCCUGAAAACCCCCGCCUCAGAAGCCCAGUGCCACUCACUGCGCGCCGCGCCCCAGCCCGCUCCCCUCUCCAUCCACCGCCCCGAGAUAUCUGUACCACCAUCUCAGAAUGGCCAACAGGGGACCCGCAUACGGACUCAGCCGGGAAGUGCAGCAGAAAAUUGAGAAGCAGUAUGAUGCUGACCUGGAGCAGAUCCUCAUUCAGUGGAUUACCACACAGUGCCGCAAGGACGUCGGGCGGCCCCAGCCUGGGCGAGAGAAUUUCCAAAACUGGCUCAAGGAUGGCACGGUGCUGUGCGAGCUUAUCAACAGCCUGUUCCCUGAAGGCCAGGGCCCGGUAAAGAAGAUCCAGGCUUCCGGCAUGGCCUUCAAACAGAUGGAACAGAUUUCUCAGUUCCUGCAGGCAGCGGAGCGCUACGGCAUCAACGCCACUGACAUUUUCCAGACUGUGGACCUCUGGGAAGGAAAGAACAUGGCCUGUGUGCAGCGGACACUAAUGAACCUUGGUGGGCUGGCAGUGGCUCGGGGUGAUGGGUUUUUCUCCGGAGAUCCUAACUGGUUCCCUAAGAAAUCCAAGGAGAAUCCCCGAAACUUCACAGACAACCAACUGCAGGAGGGCAAGAACGUCAUCGGGCUGCAAAUGGGCACCAACCGUGGGGCAUCUCAAGCAGGCAUGACUGGCUAUGGGAUGCCACGCCAGAUCCUCUGAUCACUACUCUUCCCUACCCGCCCUUGAAUGGUUAAUAUAUUUCUAGCAGUGACAUUCCCAGGAAGCCGUGGAACGCUCAAGCCCCUUCUGUCUCCAUUCCCUCCUUUUCUCCCCUUCUCCCUGCCCCUUGGUGGCACUACCUCCUGUUGUGCCUGCAGGUGUCCAGCCAGUGCCUUUUAAUCUUGAACUUGCUGUAAUACACUCCCUUCCCCCAAAUCAGCAAAACUGGACCAACCACCCAUCCUCCCCUCUCCUGGACCAAACCGGACCCCUUCAACACUCCUCUUCAUUCUCCCGCCCUGGCUUGUCGUAUUUGUGAAUUUGCCCCUCGUAUCCAUCUGCAGGCCAGGCUUCAGGGCACUGCCUUGAAAGGAGCUGAACAUGGGACCAGUUUCUCUUCCACAAGAUUGUUCUUCCUGUUCCCUGCACCCCCAGCUUUGCUACUGUGGGGACUUAAUUUAUAGGGAGGAGCCUGUGGUGGCUGCUGUCCUGGCCACAGCUGGACUUUGAAAGCCACACAUCUGGGUAGGCCUCCUUGGCAGGGGCCUUUUUUCCCCUCGGUUCCUCCCUUCUUGGCAUUCCCUUCUGCCUGUUCCCUCUUUACCCAGUAGCCUGAGACGGGCUUGGGGAGUGGUGGGGAGGGGAUGUCCAGGGAGGUGGGUUGGCCCUGCCUUCUUUUCUCUCCCCUUCCCCCCUUCCUCAGAAGGCCCACCCAAAGUCUAGGGCUUGAGGAAUGUGAGUUUGCUGAUCUGAAUAAAGAUUCCCAGUCUUUGUAA